GCAAGAUACGCGGUGGCAUCUUCCCGCAGGAGGAGGUUUGAUACCGCUCCGCCGGGGGCUGCACGGACACGCAGGAGGGGAGCCUUUUAGCAGAUAAUUAACGAAUAAACCCACAACAGGGGCAGCGCUACCUCAGGACCGCGCCGUCCCCCGGAGCAGCGCGCCCGGGCGUGCGGUGCGGUACGGCACGGCGCGGCUGUUGCGACAGGCGGGCCGUCGCCCUGGUGACGGGGCGGGAGGCCGCGGUCCGUUCCGUCAUCCGCGGCUUGGCAGAGGGUCCGGAGGGGGAAAAGCCGCGUCCAUGGAGAAGUACCAAGUGCUGGGCCUCGUGGGGGAAGGCAGCUACGGGGUGGUGGCCAAGUGCAGAAACAAGGAGAGCGGGCAGAUCGUUGCCAUCAAGAAGUUCUUGGAGAGCGAGGAUGACGCGGUGGUGAGGAAGAUCGCCGUGAGGGAGAUCAAGCUGCUGAAGCAACUCAGGCAUGAGAAUCUCGUGAACCUGCUGGAAGUGUGUAAAAAGAAGAAACGGUGGUACCUGGUGUUUGAAUUUGUGGACCACACAGUGCUUGAUGACUUGGAGGCAUUUCCCAAUGGACUAGACUGCAACAGAGUUCGGAAAUACCUAUUUCAGAUCAUGAGAGGAAUAGCAUUUUGCCACAGUCAUAACAUAAUCCAUCGGGAUAUUAAGCCAGAGAACAUAUUAGUUUCUCAGUCAGGAGUUGUAAAACUCUGUGACUUUGGAUUUGCCCGGACCUUAGCAGCUUCUGGCGAAGCUUACACAGACUAUGUGGCAACCCGCUGGUACAGAGCUCCAGAGCUGCUGGUGGGAGACAUCAAGUAUGGCAAGGCUGUGGAUGUGUGGGCUAUUGGCUCUCUGGUAACAGAAAUGCUCACAGGAGAGCCCCUUUUCCCAGGAGAUUCAGACAUUGACCAGCUCUACCAUAUCACUGAGUGCCUGGGUAAUUUAAUUCCAAGACACCAAGAGUUACUCUAUAAAAAUCCCCUCUUUGCUGGCAUGAGGUUGCCUGAAGUGAAGGAGGCCAGAUCUCUGGACAAACGCUAUCCCAAGCUCCCUGCUGCAGUGCUAGAUUUAGCCAAGAAGUGUUUGCAGAUUGACCCAGACAAAAGACCAUCCUGUGCUGAACUCUUGGAGUGCGAUUUCUUCAACAAGGAUGGAUUUGCUGAAAGAUUUACUCAGGAGCUUAAAUUAAAGAUUCAGAAAGAUGCCCGAGACCAUCAAUUACAAAAAAAAUCAAAAAUCAGCAAAAGGGACAAAGAUGAUGGCUUAGAAGAGAGAAAAAUCCUUGGUGUCCAGGAUUUCAGCAUUGAGCCAAAGAGCAGAGAUGCAAAGCUGUUCAAGGCGAAGCACUCGAAAGCUGGUGCAGAGAGAGCAGACCGAUCCUCCAACCUGAGCAUCCUGUACGACAGUGCGAUCAACCCUUUUAAAAUAAGCUCUCGAACCAGCCUCAAAGAUUCCAGCAGCAGCUUGGACUAUGUCAAGAACACAGGCAUAGUUAUCCCUCCCAUCAACCAGAACGUUUCUCCCACUGCAGUUGGGAUGGGUCCUUUGCCUGGGAACCUUAGUUACAGAGCUGACGAAAAGAGUAAAAAACACUUGAACCCGUUUCUAAGGCAGCGGAAGCAUUCUCCAGCAGGCCAUUACAGUGUAAGCUUGACCUCGGUUGCUAAUGAAAAAAACAUCCUUCAGGCAAAUAGGAGAAAAUGGGACUUCUCCAAGACAGAUGUGCAUUUGCCAGAGCUAAAUCAUCUGCCUGAGCUGAGAGGAGGGGAAGCUUGGCAUCCCAGAUAUCUGAAAAAGGAAAAUAAAACCAUUUCAGAGUCCCGUGUCCCCUCCCUUGCUGCUAUUGACCUCCAUACCCCAAGUCUGGCCUCACAACAGCUGUCAGGGACUUUGAUGCCUGAGGCAUCAGAAGGCAGCUUCCCCAGAGUUGAGCACCAGCCUCAUGGAGAAGAUCACAGCUGCCUGUAAAAGGUGGCUGAAAGGGUGGGAACAGUCCACCUGAGUUACCAGUGCUAAGGCUGUGAGUUCUCUGAGGAGGGAGGAGGAUCCCUCACCCUCCCGCCAGGGCUGCUAUGGAAGGGGCUCGGGCACAGCCCCAGGGCAGGGCUCGCACUGCCAUUGCUGCUGGAUUUCUUGCACAUAAAACAGCUCCUGAAAUGUUGACUUUUGGGUCUUGUCUGAGAAAAAUAGUGGCUUUUGGUGCAUGACAAAGGUAGACACUGGUUUGGAGGAUUUUCGGAGGAAGCCGCGCUUUCUUUUGUUGAACUGCUGCCCUUUUGGGGCUUUCCUUUUUAAAUGAGUAGUGAAGAGAGUGGACAGCUGCAAAACUUGCCUCAGUGGGCUACCAAAUCUGUGCUGGAAAACACCUUGGUCUACUGACAAAAAUGUCAGUAAAGAAAACAUUUGUGCAAGAAAAACAACGUUUAAAUGUGUAAGUGUUCCCAGCUGUUCCUUUGAAACCCUUGCUAACGCUCGGCUGUGUGUGUGACCUGGUGUUCAGCUCCUUUUAUCCCCACGUGUUCAUUUGGGUGCUUGUCUUUUGGGUGUUUAAAUGGGCAGGUUGACUGCUCUUAGUGGUGAAGGAAGAAUAUCAGUGUGAAUUGACACACCAGCAAGCAGUGUGCGAGCUGGGUUGCUAGUGACAUGGGAAAUGGCCUGUGUGAGUGCUCAGUAGCUCAAUGAAGUGCUCAAUCCCUUGAAGGAACAUGGCAUUUAAGUGUAGAUCCCCACAUAGCAGGUUGUGGGGAGAGAGAGACGCCAUCACUUUUGUCUUGGGGCUGUUAGGAGACUAUUUUUGCUUAACUGCCUAUAGUCAGGUCUGCAGUGUCCCUGCGUUGCUCACAACUCUGUUUUCAGCUGUCACAGCUCAUCCCACUGAACGGUGUAGUUGAUUUUGGAACUUUAAUUGUCUUUCCCCAAAAGACAGCCUCUCCCAUCAAUGUGGAAUAUGCUAUGGGUGUCAUCGUCUUUAGAGCUUUGUGACUAUCCUGUGCGUUGACAUGUACAUUAAAAUUUGUAAAUAAAAGGAUAUUUAAAUCCCAAA